GGAAGUCUGCACAUGAGUUGUCAGUUCUGUCCCACAUUUGUAAACAAAUAUUCUGGAUCUUCGCUUUUUAUUACAAAUAUUAAUUAAAAACAGACAAGAUGGGUAAAAGGCAGCAUCAAAAGGACAAAAUGUACCUCACGUACACGGAGUGGAGUGAGUUGUACGGCGGGAAAAAGGUAGAAUCUGCGGAGAACGACCAUGUCAAGUUCAAGAGAUUACCUUUCGAGCACUGCUGCAUCACCAUGGCACCCUUCGAGAUGCCGUACUGCGAUCUGCAGGGAAAUGUGUUCGAGUACGAGGCCAUCCUGAAGUUCCUGAAGACCUUCAAGGUGAAUCCCAUCAACGGGCAGAAGAUGGACUCCAAAUCCCUGAUCAAACUGAACUUUCACCGCAAUGCCAACGAUGAGUACCACUGCCCAGCCUUGUUCAAGCCGUUCAGCAAGAACUCGCACAUCGUGGCGGUGGCCACCACGGGAAAUGUCUACUGCUGGGAGGCCAUUGAUCAGCUAAACAUCAAGACGAAGAACUGGAAGGAUCUGGUGGACGACACCCCCUUUCUGCGCAAGGACAUCAUCACCAUACAGGAUCCUCAGAGGCUGGAGAAGUACGACAUCUCCACCUUUCAUCACAUUAAGAAGAACCUGCGAGUUCUGACCGAAGAGGAGCAGCAGGAGCGAAAGAAUCCAGCCAGCGGGCGCAUUAAGACUAUGAAUCUGGAGACCAAGGAGACGUUGGCACAGCUUCAGCAGGACUACCAGCCGGCGGAGGAGGAGCCCUCCACUUCGAAGCGCACAGCCGACAAGUUCAAUGCGGCUCACUAUUCGACUGGAGCGGUUGCCGCCAGUUUCACAUCCACCGCCAUGGUGCCCGUGUCCCAGAUAGAGGCGGCAAUUAUAGAUGACGAUCUUGUGAAGUACGAGAGGGUAAAAAAGAAGGGUUACGUUCGCCUAAAUACCAAUUUCGGCCCUCUCAACCUGGAACUCUUCUGCGAUCAAAUUCCUAAAGCCUGCGAUAACUUUAUAAAGCAUUGUGCUAAUGGCUACUACAACAAUGUUAUGUUUCACCGAUCCAUAAGGAAUUUUAUUGUACAAGGUGGUGAUCCCACGGGCAGUGGUUCUGGUGGCGAAUCCAUUUGGGGCAAGAAGUUUGAGGACGAGUUCAAGCCCAAUCUAACGCACACGGGUCGAGGAGUGCUUUCCAUGGCCAAUUCGGGACCCAAUACUAAUGGUUCUCAGUUCUUCAUCACCUAUCGCUCAUGCAAGCAUCUCGAUGGCAAACACACAAUCUUUGGCAAGCUGGUUGGCGGCUUGGACACUCUUCAGAAAAUGGAGAACAUCGAGGUGGACAACAAAGACAGACCCAUUGAGGAUAUUAUCAUUGAGUCCUCACAGGUCUUCGUUAAUCCCUUUGCCGAGGCAACUGAGCAGCUGGCAAAGGAGCGCGAAGAGGAGGCGGCCAGCAAGGAGGAGACUGUCAAGAAGGAGGAGCAGCAAAAACGCAUGAAGGAACCGCUAAAGGUGUACAGGGAGGGUGUGGGAAAGUAUUUAAAGCUUCAGGCUUUGGCAAAGAAGCCGGAGACGUCGCUUCCCUCUGCUCAAGCAGCCAAAAAAAAGAAACUUGCGAAUGGUUUUGGAAAUUUUUCCAGUUGGUAGUACUUACACAUGCAAAA